AUGGCUCCCGAAAACAACCCAAACAAACGCGCAAUGCUCGACUUCGACGCCUACAUUACCGUCCUCGUCGGCAAGGAAGAGAAGUCCUACAUGGUCCACGAAGGCGUCAUCACCAACCACUCGCGCUUCUUCCGAGCUGCGUGCUCCGGCCAGUUCAAGGAGGCACAAGAGCGUGUGGUGUGUCUGCCAGAGACCGAUCCAAAGCUCUUCAGUGCCUACCUUCAACACGUCUACACCGACCGAGUCGUGAUCAUGGCACCAGAAGAGGCAGCCGCUGACAAGGCUGGAACCAGCCAAUACAUAAAGCUGUCCGAGCUAUACGUCCUAGCCGACAAGCUUGACGAUCUACGCUUGCGCAACGACAUCGUCGACUGCACCAUCCAAUUGGAGGCUGCAGUCAAGACACUACCGAGUCCGGCUGCGAUUCGGAUUGCCUACGAGGAGGUCCCAGAGAGCUGUCUGCUUCGCAAGCUUAUGAGAGACUUCUACACGUGCAAAGCGCAUGGUAAGUGGCUGCAGAAGAGCAGGAGUAAGCUUCCAGCCGACUUCAUCUUCGGCGUUGCCUGUUCCGUUCGGGAGGGACCAUCGCCUCGGACGAGACCGCGGUGCGAGUACCAUGAGCAUAGCGAUGAGCAUCCGAAGUGUUCUGAGGAAGAGUGA